AUGCCCUUUCGCGCUCUUCCGCCUGAGAUUAUAUCGUAUAUUGCGGACCAACUGGCGUUAAUAAAGGACCUUUACAGCCUCUUAAGAGAUAACAAAAACCUCUUUAGUAUUCUCAUUAAUAAUCUGUAUCGAAGAAAUAUCAUAUUUAACGGAGGCUCAGCCCUUAUAUGGUACACAUCGACAGUACUUAUAAAAGCUGUAUUAUAUAAGCAUACCCAUGUUAUGCGCCUUCUCCUGGGGAAUGGAGUACUGCCAGACGCUGCUGAUCUGCACGCCCGAAGACUAUUGUCUGUGGCGACCAGUAGCCGGACCGACAUGGUAAUCACCAAAGCUCUCCUGGAAUCUGGUGCUAGGCUAAAUGCUUUGGUGUUUGAGAAGUGUUCUCCGCUGACGGAGGCAAUCCGGACUAACCAGGAAUCUAAAGUAGUAUUGUUUUUGGAGCAUGGGGCUAACCCUAAUACCUUAAGGGACAGAAACACGCUCUUAUAUAUCGCUGCUUCGAAUAACGCUGGUGUGCCAGUGGAUUCUCGGAAUGACUUCGGACUGAUACUACUCCAGGUAGCAACGGCCAAUUCGUGCGUACGCGCGGUGCGCGUAUUGCUACAUUAUGGUGCUGAUCCGAAUUUCAGAGGAACGCACCAGUAUAGAGAAAGGCCGAUUGCUCUUUUCUAUACUGCGACAAAGCCGCGAAGCUGCAGGAAGGAUAACACAGCCAUUAUCCGGGCCCUUAUUAGCCACAGAGCCCAUGUUAAUAUUGUGAACUCUGAGCAGAAGUCCCCUCUAUUAUUCGCAAUCUUAAAGGGGGCCAUCAAACAAGCGCAGACACUCCUUGAGAGCGGUUCUAACCUGAUGACGAGAGAUACUGAGGGUCAAACAGCACUACAUCUAGCCGUGUUGUUAUUGAGCUAUAGUCUAGAUAUGUUGAACUGGCUCGUCAGCGAAGGGGUUAAUGUGAAUGGUGUUAAAAGGAUAAUGAAGGAAACACUGAUUUUUAACACCAUCCAAAGCAGGAGGCAGAUGGGGAUCGAGCGGCAAAACAGAGAAAAAUACGUCCAGACCCUUCUAUCCCUGGGGAGCUAUGUUAACUUUCAGAAUCUGGAAGGGUUAACACCUAUUUCUCUUGCUGUGCGAAGGGGAUAUAUUAGAUUGAUUAUUAUACUACUUGAGUAUAGGGCUCUAGUAAACCUAAGAGACAGCCAGGGGCGGCUACCUCUGCAUUAUAUCAGGCAGGACUGUUUUGGAUACCAGGGGCAAGAGCUAUGUUCCUUGCUUAUUGCGAAUGGGGCGGAUGUCAAUUUUCGAGACCAUUCGGGUUACACAGCAUUACACAGACUGAUUGAAAGAGGAUCUUGGGAGGCAGUUACCGAGUUAUUAAAAACUGGAGCUGAUAGAUACGCCAUAACGCACAAUAGAAGAUCCCCGCAUAAUAUAGUCCUUUCAGGCCCAUGGGCAGAGACAAAGCAGUUGUUUGUUCGGUAUUAUACUCAAUAA